GUACCACAGGCGCAUCAUCGGGUUCUCCCUAUCCUGCUAUGGAUGGGGCACCGCCUAGGAGUGGUGGCGGUGGUGGAGGAGGAGGUGCCAUGAGGUCUAGGGAGUCGGAUGACCGGAAGUUGUUCGUUGGCGGCUUGCCGGCUCCCUGUGAAAAGCAGCACAUGGACGGCUAUUUCUCGCAGUUUGGUCCUGUCGAGCACUCCGUCGUCAUGUUUGACCGUAACACUGGCCGUUCCAGAGGGUUCGGCUUCGUUGUGUACAGCCAGGUCACGGACAUGGAAACCUGCCUGGCAAGUGGCCCGCAUGUUCUUCUGGAUAAGACGGUUGAUGUUAAGAGGGCAUCUCAGGGCCCCUCACAGAAUGGUGGAAAAGCAGGUGGUAAGGGGUUCGGCGGUGGCAAAGGUGGUAAAGGAGGAUAUGGUGGCGGUAAAGGCAGUGGGGACUUUGGGUACGGCAGAGUAGCGGCUCCCAGCGAGAGUAGUGACAACCCAUGUAAGGUCUUCGUUGGCGGCUUGCCCAACAGUUGUGAUCAAGCACGUUUGAAUGACCACUUUUCCCGGUAUGGUACAGUAGCUGAAGCCCUGGUUAUGUACGACCGCGAGACGGGACGUCAUAGAGGUUUUGGCUACGUUAUUUACUCGUCACCGGCUGAUGCUGAGGCUGCUAUUGCAGGCGGAGAUGCUAACGUGAUCGAUGACAAACAUGUGGAGGUCAAGCAUGCCCGUCGCGAGGGAUCUCGUGGAAAGGGUAAAGGGCGCCCAAUGGGGUCUUACGGUGGUGGCGACUCGGGUGGGUACGGUCAAAGGCUUCCAUCAUAUCAGUCUGGAGGUUAUCACUCACCACAACCACCGAUGUAUAACGGUGGUUCGUAUCAACAACAGCCUAUGCCCGCGCCUGGGCAGUAUGGUGGUAGCUAUGGCUCCUCACAGUAUGGUGGGGCUAGACAAGACAGCAGCGGCUAUGUAGCGGCACCUUCUAGUGGUUAUGGAGGAUACCCUCAGCAGCAGCAGCAGCAGCAGGGCUAUGGCGGUCAACCUCCUCCUCAAUAUAGGGCCAGUCCCUAUUAGCGGCUGUAUAUUACUUUUAGAGGAUAUUUUGAGAAGUCGCCCCAGUAACGAUAGAGUAAAUGUAUUUAAAAUGAUUGUCUCGCUAGUGGCUGAUCGAUCCAACUACUAUCAAUCGUAAUGGGUGCUGCUUCAUCGUCGAUACGACCAUGGUAUCGUCCUUUCCGCUGUGACACUUUAAUGGUGACACCCUGUCACACGAG